GCUGGAGGAGCUCGGCUGGAAUAAAGGGCGUGGGAGCCGGCAGAGGCUGCCCCGAACAGAGGGAGCGGUGGGAAGCCAGGCAGGAGCAGGAGCAGGAGGAGCAGGAGGAGCAGGAGGAGGAGGAGGAGGAGGAUGUCGGUGCUCAGUGCCCUGCCCUUCCUGAAGCCGGUGCACCUGCGGCCGCCCCGCAGCUCGCCCGGGGGCCAGCGCCGGCACACGCUGCCCGCCAGCGAGUUCCGCUGCCUCAGCCCCGAGGACGCGGUCAGCGUGUUCGAGAUCGAGCGUGAAGCCUUUAUAUCGGUGUCUGGGGACUGUCCCCUGCACCUGGAUGAGAUCCGCCACUUUCUGAACCUGUGCCCGGAGCUGUCCCUCGGCUGGUUUGAGGAAGGGCGGCUCGUGGCCUUCAUCAUCGGCUCCCUCUGGGAUCAGGACAGGCUCAGCCAGGCAGCUCUGACCCUGCACAAGCCGCAGGGCUCGGCCGUGCACAUCCACGUGCUGGCCGUGCACCGCACCGUGCGCCAGCAGGGCAAGGGCUCCAUCCUGAUGUGGCGCUACCUGCAGCACCUGCGCUGCCUGCCCUGCGCCCGCCGCGCCCUGCUCAUGUGCGAGCACUUCCUCGUGCCCUUCUACCAGAAGUGCGGCUUCGAGGCGCUGGGGCCCUGCCAGGUGACCGUGGGGGACAUGGCCUUCGUGGAGAUGCAGCACGCCGUGCGGGGACACGCCUUCAUGCGCAGGAACAGCGGCUGCUGAGGCGCCUCUGCCCUGGGCUGCCUGUGGGGAUGGGGGGCUGCAGCCCCUCCCCGUGCCCACCACAGAGAUCCACGAUGCCCCGGCCACAGCUGCUCCCUCUGCCACAUCUGCCUUCCAGCCACAUCUGCCUUCCAGCCACAUCAACCCGGCCCCAUCCCAUCCCUGCGGGGCUGGGCACAGAAAUUCCUGCCAGAUCCUGCCAGAAGCAUCAAUUCUCUGGGCUCUGCUUUAGCCAGGGCUGCACUGGCAGGUCUGGGUGGUCUGCAGGGCCACGAGCCCCCUGGGAUGGAAAGGCUUUGCCCAGGGCAUGGCUGGGGCACUCUGCUGGUUCAAGGGCACUUCCACCCACAGCAGUUUGCUGAAGCACCCAGCAGAGCCCCUGCAAACCCCAGCCUGGCACCCGUCCCACCAUCACCACCACCACGAGUGGGGCACACCACGGCCAAGCCUUCCCUGAGCAGCCCCCAGACCAGGCAGGGGCCCCGGCAGCCACCCCCCUGUCCACAGACAUCCUUCCACACCACUUGGAGCACAUUCCCAGCUGCACACUGCACAGCCUGCCCAGGGAACCAGUCCAAACCAUUUGGUCCUCACUGUCCCAGACCCACACCGGACCCAGGACAAGCCUUCUGCAAACAACUCAGGUUGUUGGAAAGCAGCAAAUAAA